AUGUUAGGCUUCUUUUCUAUCUUGCUCAUUUUCCCCAUCAUCAAAUCUAAUUUUAUCCCAGGGAAUUGUGCUCCCGGAAACUGUUUAAAUGGUGGGAAAUGUUUUGCAGGAAAAGAGCCGAGCUCCUAUUGGUGCAGAUGCAAAGAGCCGUUUUCGGGAUCAAGAUGUGAAAAGCAACCCUGCGUUCCCUAUUGUCAAAAUGGAGGCUUGUGCUCAUCGAAUCGAAACGGCACUUUUUCUUGUCAAUGUCCUAUUGGAUUCACGGGUGCUUCCUGCGAGAAAAUGGUGCCCUCGAUUUGUUCCUCGAAUCCCUGCUCUGCUCACGGAACUUGCCGCCUUGUUUCUUCACUUCAGAAAUUUACCUGUGAAUGUGAAAAUGGAUGGAUUGGCGAGGAUUGCUCCAAGAGAGUUGUUGGAUGUAAAUGUGAAAAUGGUGGAUCAUGUGAAGCUGUUCAUCGACAAAAAUCCAUUCCAAAGUGUCGCUGUCCUUCUGGAUUCACCGGUCUUCAUUGUGAGAUCGAUGUCGAUGAAUGUUUGGACAAUCCUUGCGAUCGAGGGACUUGUUUGAAUACAUAUGGAUCUUAUGAAUGCAAGUGUGAUGAUGGUUGGGCGGGUGGAUUUUGCGCUCAUCGUUCUCGACCUGAUGAAUGCUCGGCCAUGGGAACGGCACGUUGUCAAAAUGGAGGUUUCUGUGAAAAAACGAUCACUGGGAAAUACAGAUGCACUUGUCCACCGAUGUUUUCUGGCGAGAAAUGUGAACUUGACUUUGAUGAAUGCAACCAAUUCCCUUGCCAAAACGGUGGCACUUGUAAAAACUCGUAUGGAGGAUUUGAAUGUUUCUGUACGGCGGAUUUUAUGGGGAAAACCUGUGAACUCCCUAGAGAUGGUUGUGAGCACAACAAAUGCGCAUCUGGCUCAAUUUGUGUCAGUGAUGGAAACUCCUAUCGCUGUGAUUGUCCAACGGGAAGAGCUGGAUUAUAUUGUGAUAAAGUGGAUCAGUGUGCUCAUCAUCCUUGCUUGAAUGGAGACUGUAUUACUGAUCGAAUCACCGGAUCUUUUAGUUGCGAUUGCCCAUUGGGAUUUGCUGGUGCUCGUUGUUCAGAGGAUGUGGACGAAUGCGAGCGUGACUCACCGUGUCUCCAUGGGGCCACUUGUGUGAACACUCAAGGAGGAUACGCUUGUCAAUGCGCGCCGGGCUAUCUUGGACCUCGUUGUGAGCAUUUCAUCGAAGAGUGUCAAUUGAAUCCAUGCAAAAAUGGAGGGUCAUGCUUUGCAAAUGAUACCUGCUUUUGUCAACCGGGAUUUGGUGGAAGACUAUGCGAGACGGUGUUGAGCAGUGCUUGCAAAGAUACUUGUAUUGGAGGAAAAGCCUGUCUCCCCGACAAGAAUGGCACCUUCUCUUGUCAAUGCGAAGAGGGUGAUGAGAUGUGUGAAAAUGAGCUCAAGUUUGGAGAUGGAUGUCGCACAAAGCCUUGUGAGCAUGGCUCAAUCUGCAAAUCCACUACAUCAUCACCCGGUUUUCAAUGUUUCUGUCUACUUGGCUGGGAAGGAGAUCGAUGCCAGAAUGUAACCGAUUACUGUGCCCGGAAUCCUUGUCAAAAUGAUGGCCACUGUGUGAAUGAGGUUCACGGAGCCGAAUGCGUUUGUGAAAAGGGUUUUUCUGGGGCUCGUUGUGAACAACUCGACUCUAGUUGUGCUACAGGAACUUGUCUAAAUGGAGGGAAGUGCAGUAAUUCGACGAUUUGUGAAUGUAAAAAUGGAUUUUAUGGUGAUAGAUGUGAAUUGUCGAGAAAUUCGAACGAUUUUGUUGAUAGCACAGAAUGCCCACAAGGACAUUGUCAAAAUGGUGGUCUAUGUACAAUUGUUGCAAAGGCUCCAAAAUGCGAAUGUGCUCGUGGCUUUUUCGGAAUGAACUGCCAGUUUUGGGCUGAUGUCGAUAAAUUCAAUUCUACGGAUUUGGAAGAAAAAGAACGCUGCCGUUUACAUGGUUGUGCUGAUUUGGUAAACAAUGGACACUGUGAUGCUGAGUGUAACUAUUUUGCUUGCGACUAUGAUGGAGGCGAUUGCUCGGCACAAGACAAACCUUAUGCAAAAUGCUUGGCUGCCAACUACUGUGCUCGAGCUUUUCACGAUGGACUUUGUGAUGAAGUGUGCAACAAUGAGGCUUGUCUUUUCGAUGGUUUUGAUUGCGCACGAUUUUCUCAUGAUCAAUGUCCAACAGCUUGCAGAGCUCUCUCACAAGACGGGAACUGUGAUUCAAUGUGCAAUAUUGCCAAUUGCGGCUUCGAUGGCGGCGAUUGUGAGCAAAGACCUGCAAAACUGCCCGGAGAAGUCGAAGUGAUCGUGCUCGUCGAACCAGAUGCUUUUGUGGUGUUAGCAAAAGAUAUGCUAGUCGAUGUCUCAGCACUUCUUCGUGCCACAGUUCGAAUUGCUCGUGAUUCGACUGGACCAAAAGCCUUCAAAUGGUCGUUGGAUGGGGGAGCCGCUGAUCGAAUCAUUUUCCCCAACAGCGAGAGCCUUUCAGCCGUCUAUGAAGGUACAAGAGCGAAAAGGAAAGCGCUGGUAUCUGGAGUUCAAGUAUUUCUUGAGAUUGAUGUGGCUUCAUGCACAGAUCAAUGCUUUUCUGAUCCCUCUUCUGCAGCCAGUUUCGUGAGCGCAGCCGUUGCCAAGAAACAACUUUCUGUUCCAAUUUAUUCGGCUUUGGCGGUAAAUGAGAGACGAAAAGAGAAGGAAAGCGGUGGUUGGCGAGCCCUCGAGAUUUGUCUCUUCAUUUUCUUCUGCGUGCUCGGUGUCGGAGUGUUGAGUGCACAGAUUAUCCCUCACAUCAAAAAUCGAAAGCGAAAACGCGUCUGCAAUGCUCAUGUCUGGACACCUCCUAGUGAACAAGCCUUGAAUGAAGCCAAUGCCAAAGCAAGUAAUCCAAUGAGAUGGCACGAAUUCAUGCCUUAUGGUUAUCAAUAUGGAAACUCUGGCUAUAUUCGAGCUGAACCAAGAGAUGAAUGGUAUCCAACGAUAAAAUUGCCGAAACUCGAGCAACGGACCUAUGAUGCACCAACAGAACUUCACUGGGAAGCCGUUAACAAAGAGUUAACAUCAACAAAUCGAGAGAUUAAACAACAAAAUAUCAAUGCUUUGACCGUUCACUCACAAACGGUACUUCAUCUUCUCGUUGGUAAUCUUGAUCGAGCCGAUGAUGAGGUGAUUGCCAGAGUUGAUGAUCUCGCUAAGAAUGGAGCUGACUUGGAUGCACUCGACAAAGAUGACAUGACUCCAUUGUUUGUUUCGGUUCUCAAAAAUCGGGUCAUUGUUGCUGAGAAACUGAUCAAAUUAGGCGCUGAUCCUCAAAUUGCUGCCCGUGAUGGGACCACUAUUUUACAUCAAACAAUGAAAAACAGUGAUUUGGGAAUGUUGGCCAUGCUUUUGAGAUAUGAGACGAUCAGGAAAAUGAUUGAGGUUGUUGAUGAUUUCAAUCGGACGCCAUUAAUGGUUCUCGCUAGACAUCAUUUGCUCAAUGAUCCAAUGGCAUUGAUGCUUGUUGAAGCUGGAGCUGAAGUGAACUCACAAGGAGACAAGGAUCGAACGGAUCAAACUGGCGAGACACCAUUGCAUUUUGCCGCUGGAGCCAACAAUACAGCGAUGAUUCGUUUCUUGGUCGAGAAAAACGCGAAUAAAGAUGCGCAAGAUCGAAUGGAUCGAACACCGCUCUUUAUUGCGGCCGAGAAGAAUUUCGUUGAAGCGGUGAAGCUACUCGUUGAGUCCCAAGCAAGCACGGAAAUCGCUGAUCAGAAAGAUCGCACGCCGUUAGAUGUUGCUAAAGAGAACGAAUGCUUAGAAGUGGUGUCUGUGUUGGAGAAAGCGGCAAUGCGACUACCACAGCCGCCACCAGAGAAACAACCAUUGCCUGCACCACAAAGAGUUGUCAGAGCAAGGAGAGGUCCAACGAGAGAACCGGCUCGCAAAUCACGAGCAGCACAUCCGGACACUCCACCAUCUUCGGAUCGCUCUGAUUACAGUUCCCCAUCGCCGGUUGAAGGAACAACACGAGCCGGCACACGCUCUGCACAACGGGAGCCGACAAGAAGCUCGACAAGAACAGCCACAUUGCCUUCUUUAUCGCUUUCGCGCACAAAUCAAUCGAUGAGUCCCCUCCCGAUCAGCUCGCAUCUUCCCGACGCGUCCAAUGUUCUCACUCCACCACAAAAUUCGAUCAAUGCAAGCUGGAAUUCGACUUCCAUCCAACUACAAAAGCUUCCCGAUGCCUCAAAUGUAUUAACACCUCCACAAAAUAAUGGAACCAAAUGGAACCCUUCUCCGCCUUAUGAUUUUCAUGGAGUAAGCAUCGAGUAUGGUGGUGCUCUUUAUGGUGGCAGCGAUCCAUUCGGACCUCCUUGCAGUUUCGCCAAAAAUGAUCAUCGACCUCCACAAGCCUAUGCUUGGCAAACAAAUGUU